GGUCAGUUCCAUGUAAACAUGUCCUUCCUAGCAACAAAUUACAAACGCACAUGCGCAACAACCGAAGAAAUUUGAGCGAGCAGCCGAGUUACGCGAGAAGAUGGUUGUUUGUAAAAUAAUAGUUACAGAAAGCUGUGGAAAAGAUACUGUUGUGAAAAAGUGGACGACAGGAUUGAAUUAACGGACAGUUUUUUGGCCAAGCGUGGACAGAUUUUAAACCAGUUGUCGUUCUAUAUUAAACAAACCAUUCUUCGCAUCGAACAAAGUAGAGGACUUUUAGCAGAUUAUUGCGGUAGACAGCUUUUUCGGGAAGAUCAAGAUAAACCUGUAUACAUAUUGAAGCUAGUUUGGCAACGCACAUAAUCGUAUGCAAUCGCCUUUAAGUCGUUGUGGUCUUGGCAUCAUACUUUAAUUUCCUAACAAGUCAUUUGCUGGACUUCAUUUACUUGUGGAUUGAUAGAUAAGUUCCUGCUUUUUAUGGAAAGGCUUUUGUGAAAGGAUUUACUGGAAUAGCCUCCGCUAAGUUUUAAUUCGAGGAACUGAUUUUUAUUUGAGUUGGAAAAGGCCCAUUGCAGCGUCAAAGUCGUCGCAAUUCGGUUGUCAUAUCAAUCGUUAUCACAAAGAAACUCGCUGACUCUUCACGUCUAGCUUUUCGCAGCUGCCCUUGGUAAUGCUAAUUUUUCCUGCGAUUUGUUCCUUAUGUAUUAUUAACGAUUUGGUCAAUUUACACCAUUAAUUUAAAGAUGCUACUGUGCCUAGCAAAGCUUUAACCUGCGGAUUCUAUCGCUACUGCACAACGGCUACGUGACCCUCUCGCAACUGCCCGGCAGUACGGCUGAUAUUAAUGGGGGCCUAGCAUGGGAUGCACUCCUAGUAAGCAGGUGGAAGCUUCAAGAGAAGACAGCAACGGAAGUGAUCACGACGCUUCUAGUUGUGAACAAGUUUUAAAAGAUCACCACCAAGGUGUUGGAAUCAAUGGGAAUUCAAAGAGUACCUCAAACGGUUCAUUCCCAGAGAAGAAUAAGAACAAUAAAGCUAACUCGAAUUCAGAUUCAAAAACAGCAAAAUCGAGGCCAGUUCUGACAACUUCAAAAACAGAAAAGAAAUGCACACAGUCUCAGCUUGAUUUCUUUGAAAUGUUGGACAAGAAAAUCGAAGCGGGACCUGAUUAUAUCUCUGAAGAUGAAAGAGCCAGCAGAGCUUGGGCAGAGGCCAGGUGACACCUUGUCAAUGCAAGUAUAAGCUGAAUGUGUCCACAGUAUAAAUAUUUAGUUCAUAUUCGCAACAGAUGGCCCUGUUUUUGACGAAAGUCAUCGCCGAAAAAUAAGCCACUAAUCACUGGAACUGUGUUUUUAAUUUGUCAAAUAGAUAUGUUUUUGUCGCAACUUUUCGUUUUUUGUAAGACAUCGACAUACCGUAUUUCCCCUAAUGAACGCCGCCCUCUGAAAAACGCCGCCCUCUAUUGAACGCUGCACAUUCAGGACUCUGGUGAAGACAAGGAUAUUGACAUUCCUUGACAUUUCCAUAACGUGAACACAUCUUUUGUGAGCUUUAAAAAAAAUUCACAGAAUCUUUAUUAUGUGUUUUUGGGAAAAGAAAACAUUGUUUAAAGUCUGUUUUUAUCUUUUCCAUCGCACUAUUCUUGUCAUUUUUCAUUUUACACAAUUUUUUUAUUUGUGUCAAACGCCGCCCUUAGAUAAACAUCAUCCUCUACUAAACGCUACAUCCAAAAGUUGGAUUUGGUAAUUAACGCCGUGGCGUACUUUAGAGGAAAUACGGUAGGCCAAUAGCUUCCAGCUGAGCUAGAUGGAAGACUCUAAACAUGCUAUUUACAAUGUUGGAGAUAUGGCUGAAAACUAAAGUUCUCGAUGUGAAAUAUCUCUGUUUGGUUUAAUGUUCCAUGCAUGGCGAUUUGAUAAUGUCUGCACGGAGUCUUAACCAGGGAUGAUGUUUAUAUGGCUGUCUAUUUUUUACAUAAAAAGCAAAUACUUCAAUCCAGUAACCCUUUUGGAAUCAAAUCCUCACAUAAAAUGUUCUGUUUGAAACAAAUUGUGAUUCAUGUGAUAUAGGGAUGUUAUCUUUUCAUCAAUUUCUUUAGUAUAGGUGUGUUUUCUUGCGUGUAAAAGUAGGUAAAUGUCCUAUUUCGACAGACUGUGGUUGAUAUUCCACUAAAUAUAUUUUUCAGUCGCAAAAAUCACUGUUUGUGUUGAAGUCUUGUCAGUAAAAUUUGCAAAAAACGUUUAUCUGGAGAUUUUUGUCAUUUUUACGGCUCUAUAUGUUCCCUUAGUAGCAAUAUAUUUUUUAUCCAAACCAAGGUGAUUUCAGUUGCGUCACCAGCCUGAAGAAACGGGUGGACAAAAUAUUUUCUCGAGCUCGCCCUUCAGGGUCUCGGAGAACGUAGGAAAUGCUUUGUUUAGUAUUUUUUAUCUUUUUCGAAAUUUUUAGAAAAGCAACUGUCUAAAGUAGCAUUUUUCGUAACGGGGGCUUUUUGGCAAGAACGAAUAUCUAAAUCAAUCUGAUCAAGCCCCCCCCCCCCCUCAAAGGUUUUUCAACGGAUCUUGAGAAAUUAGAAAAUUGACCUUUUGUAAAACUGGGAUGGACAUGUUUACCUCAGUUCACCCCGUGGCAACGCCACUGGGUGAUAUUUCCAGUAAAGAAAGCAGAACAUGAUUUCAAAUCAAACUUAAAAGACAGCUGCCCUCCACACAGAUUUCCUACUUUUAGUAGGGGUGUAUUAAGUAAAGAACUGGUAGAAAUUAUUAUUUGUUAGUUUUGUAUGUCGCGUGUUUAUUCAGAAUUCAUGUGUUAGUUCAGCUGCAAUCUAAGCAACACUUACAAGAACAGGUAGCAAGUCACACGCCAACACAACUUAAUUCAUUAUCGUCUCAUGUUUGUUGCUAGAGUACGUUUGUGACGUCAGUGCAUCAAAAUUAUUCAGAAGCUAAAACACUAAGUUACUCACGCUACCAAUGAAGAUAGUGGAAUAUGAAUUUGACUUCGUUUAAUAGCCAUUAUCCCUAUGAUGUCUCAAGCAUAAUGUGUAGAAGACGCAUUUAUGUCACUACCAAUGGCGGCGCUAAGAUAUGGAGUGGGGGGGGGGGGGGGAAAAUUUACAUUUCACGCCUUACAUUUUUACUGUCAGAAAACCCUCUUCUACCAAGAAGGAGUGCCCAUGUUAUCAACAGGGAUUGGCAAUAAGCAAUUUUUCGGUUAAAUUGUGGCAUUUUCAGAAUCAUAAAAUUAACGAAAAACGAAGAACUGAAAAAAUAUCCGCCAACAUUCCCCUCUCGAAUUUAGAGGAAUUAAAAGACAACCCUGCCGACAACAGGGAGAAAGAGUCCCCCAGUCCCUCCUAUGGCGUCGCCGUUGGUUCCUACUAAACCACCCUCCUACGCAGAAUUAUCGUACUCAUCCAAUUUAGAAUAUGUGUUACGAAUAUUUUCAAUUUGAGUGCAAGCUAAUAUCAUCAAUAAUCAUAGGACGAAUAAAUGCAUUUUGUAUCUCCAUAUACUCCUAACAAUAUCCGUUAAUGGAGCUUAACCUGCGCUAAGACAAAGAACAAUUUUUCUACUACAGUCUUACCACCGUUGUAUAUGAUCACAUUGUUUGUUUUUCGUUGUAAACGUAAGACAACGUUGUAAAGGUUUCAAAUCGUAUCUAGUGUGAAUGCUGAAGGUAUGGUUCAAUAAGAGAUUUAAAACAACCCCAUUACCUUGAUUUUAUACCCUUUAAAGGCUUGCUUCUGGCAACCAUCAUUUACCUCUGUGUGUUUUCUACCCUGGCGAAUAUGAAAAUGAUAUUAAGGAGGGGGGGGGGGGAUAUAACAUUAACCGACAACAGUUUUAUCAAUUUCCUCAUUUUUUCCAUCUGCUUGGUUACCCAAUGUCGAACAAUUUAGGCUAGAUUUUCAGCACAGAUCUAGUUAAAGUGAAACCCUAAUUUAGUGUUCUGAACAUCUGGCUUAAUCAGCAAUUUGAAAUCUCACGAAUUUGUUUCUAUCACGAAUUCUGUCAGAUAUUUUUAAUUAAGGCUAAAUAAGUUGCUUCGCCGGGUGAUUUAGACGCACAUUCCCUUAAUAAAACUACUAGUUUUCUCCAAGCCUCCCAGUUCCCAAAAAGUUCCCAGUUCCCACUUACGGCAUUCAAUGCAUGGUUGUUAGCAGAAUGUUUUUCAGAUACUGCAGCUAAACAUUUAAAGUUGUAAUGCUGAGUUCAAAGGAACUUGUUUUUAAUGUAUGUGACGUCUUUAGUUUACACGUAACGAAUGCAGGUCGCUCAUAGAUAUCUUAGAUUUAUGUAAUUUUGGUAAGCUGGUGUAAAACCACGUUUUCGUAUUUAAGUAUACAGUUAGUUAAAAUCGACAAUGUCAUUAGAGAAUUGCAAACUUCAUGGUUGCUUGAA